CAAGUCUUCUUGUCGUUGAGCACAAGUUCCGCAGCUAGAGCCUCAGGAGGGUCUCGCUUCGCUUGGCGGAGGGAGCGUUCAGCAUAUCGCACAUGGCGCUGCUGCCUUGGAAGAAGUGGAUAGGCAUUGACAGCAUCGUGGACAUAAGUCAGGAGGAUGAUGACGAAAGGCGCAGGCCGUUCGCUUCCGCUUCUUUCUCUGCAGACGGCACUCCGCGCGUCGUCGAUGAAGAGGCGCUAGCGGCAGCAAGAGCUGCAAACGAGGGUUACGCUGUUCCUGUGCAUGUAUUGGCGAGCCGCGCACACCCUAAAAGGCAGCCGGUGGUGGUUAUCAGCAGCUACCUAAAGCCGUCAGAGCGGCUGAUAGAAGCGAGGACAGGAAAGAGAAAGCCCAGAAAAGGCUCGAUGACGUCAGCAUUGCCUGCUGUGGCUGCGGUGGGGCUGGCAGGGUUUGCUGGCAGGAAGUUGCUGAAGAAGCUGAGGGCAAACAGGGAAGAGCCGCUAUGGGCGUUGAGAGGUCUAGAACAAAAGAAUCUUGAGUCGUAUGGGGACUCCAACCUCCUUCGCCUCCUGCCCGAAGAAGUCCUCCUGUCCGUCACCAGCCGCCUCGGCAUCGCCGACCGCCUCCGCCUUGCCAGCACCUGCCGCAAGCUGUACCACAUCAGCACGCUCCCGUCCGCAUGGGCGUCCGUCGACCUGUCCGGAAGCGGCCCCGCCGUCGCCCGGAUCUCGGACAAAGAGCUCUGGCGUCUAGUCAGGCGGUGCUGCGGAGGCGACGACGUCAGCAGGGGCGGUGCUGAUGUCGGCCGGGAGAGAGAUGACGUCGGCAGGGAGCCACCGCCCUUGAAGGGGCGCAUCUGGCGUGAUGAGGUGCUGAGGGAAGAGACGGUUGUUGCUCCACCGGGGAAUGCAACCGGGGGGGCUGCGCAAGCAGGGGCCGGGCCCCCCGGGGGGAUCAUCCUGGCGUCGGUUAACCAGCUACGAACCCAACAGGGUCAGGAGCAAGCCCCAACGGUUUCAGCUGCCCCCCCCACGGGUGCGGUGGUCGAUUCUACGUGGGGUUAUGCGGGGGGAGUGGAAGAGAACAAGUCCCCGCUUGGAAGAGGGGACCCGCUUUCGAUGUCAAUUCCUCUUCGGUAUUUGGACAUCUCAGGUUGCAGUCAGAUCUCGCGGGAGUGCCUAACGUCAAUCAUCGCGCAUUCUGCGAGCAGUUUGCGGCAGGUUCGGGCGUCGGGGGCGUGUUUUCUGGACCGGAGGGGCGUGGAUUUGAUUGUGCAGUAUGGGAUCCAAGCGGAGGUGGAUGUGGAACUGACGGCGCCGAACAAGGUGGAGUGGCGCAUGCUGCUGAUGAACCUGAGGGGAGAACGGGACCAGGGCCUUAUCAUUAAGCGGCUCCUACUGAAAGAUGCUCCGCUGGCUCGCAUUGACUCCCGCGCCGGCAAAGUCCUCUUCCAGAUGUCCAUUUUGCACAACAUGCGCCUCACCGAACUCCACCUCGACCAUUGCGUUCUGCGCCCGUCGGACGCGGUCACUGUGCUGGAAGCGGUUCAGCACAACGUGGGCUUGCACACCCUACGCAUUAGCAAAGCCCCGGAGGGCAUCUUCGAACACGUACAGCCCGUGCGCGCCGCCUUGACGGCGAUGUUGCAGGACAAUUUCACCCUGCGGAGCUUGAUCAUUGAAGAUACUCGAGUAGACGAAGACUGCGUUGACGGAAUCGUUCUUGGCGCCAGUGCCAAUGGCGCGCUGACGAGCUUGGGGCUCAGUAGAAUAAAAGUCGCUGCCUUUGAGAAGGUGUACGCAUCGUUGGGUCCAGGGAACGAACUUGGUUCGUUGAAAGAGCUGCGGCUGACAGGCAGCAAGCUCCCCUGCCGGACUCUGUUGCAGCACACGCCGCUCUUCCAAAACUCCAGUCGAGGGAUCCGACACUUAGAACUAGACGUGAACACCUCCUGUAACGGUCAGUGCGUCGCUGCCCUGAGCAAGUUGCUCGACCGCAACGGGAAGCUGCACCACCUUCGGCUAACAGUACACUAUGAGGAGAUGACCCGCGGCUCGGCGGCUGCGCUGAUGCGGCUCAUGAAACGGCACGGCCAGCGGGUCGCCGUUCAAACGCCGGCGGCCCAGGGGUACAAACCGGUGGGCAUCCGGGACCUGCAGUUGGCGACCCUGGACAGGGUGUACAAAGACAGUCGACCACGCCUCCUGUUCGCACUCUUCGCGCUUGCCUGUGCAAAGCUGACCUUUGCGGCAGCCUAGACUGAUAGAGAUCCGCGAGGCUGGGCGAUUGCAAUUUAGAUUGUCAGGGGACAGACAUCCGCACGUUUACGCAAUCAUCAUGAAGUUCGCCCAUCAUGGUCUAUAACGCACGG